AUGCAGAAAGCCUUGAAGAAGUAUUUUGUAAACAUGGACGAGUACCUGGCCAGCAUCGGUCUCUACCGAAAAAUGAUGGCGAGAGACGCGUCCUGUCUGUUUCGAGCCGUUUCUGAGCAGCUUUAUUACUCCCAGAAUUACCAUCAAAGAAUACGAAAAGAGUGUGUCAACUUCAUGAGGGCGAACAGAUGCAACUUUGAGCCUUUUGUUGAAGGUUCAUUUGAGAAGUAUUUGGAACGCUUGGAGGAUCCUAAGGAAACUGCAGGUCAAGUGGAGAUAAAAGCAUUGUCUUUACUGUACAGGCGAUGCUUUGUCAUUUACAGGUAUCCAGGAAAGCCGCCAACAGAGAUUGCAGAGGAGGACAAUUUACCAAAGGUUUUGCUGUGUUGCUCAAACAAUGGCCACUAUGACAUAGUAUAUCCUAAGAAUUAUCCAAUGAAUGCUGCAAUAUGUCAGGCUCUGUUGUAUGAACUGUUAUACACUCGUGCCCUGGGCGUUGAGGAGGAAGAGCUGCAGGUGGCGCUGGAGGGAUUCAGAGGAAUGGGGCGACGGUACAGAAACAGCCCUUCCAUGUGCAGUGAGGAUGCUGGAUAUGAUACCCCGGAGGACCGCACUCAAAGAGAGGAUUGGGAACCGAGUGGUCAGAACCGCUCUGAAAACAAAGCCAGAGCUGGAGCUGAGGACCUGAAGGCUGCAGAAGGGUCAGGAAAACUGGCUCUACCGUACAAGGUACUGAAGGCCUUGGAGCCAGAGCUGUACCGCAAUGUGGAAUUUGACGUGUGGCAUGACAGCCGCAAAGAGCUACAGAAGACUGAUUACAUGGUGUUUGCUGGCAGGCAGUAUUUUUUGGGAGAUAAAUGUCAGGUCCGUUUAGAUCCAAAGGGAAAGUAUUACAAUGCUUUCAUACAGGAAGUAGGGACUCACACCGCUGCUGUGACUGUGUUCAUUGAAGAGCUUGGAGAAAAGCACCUGGUUUCCUUGACCAAUCUGAAGCCAGUGAAUCCUGUGCCAGCUUGGAACAUCACGCCAAGCAGAAAGGGAAACUCCUACAACCAUCCAGAGCAGUACGCUGGAGAAUUAGACCCAGAGCUGCGUGGGAGGCGAAGGUUCUUCAAGAAGCCUCGUGGAGUGCACGGCCCGGCUCUACCUCCUGCCGGUCUGGCCUAUGAACACUACAGGCCCCACCCUCCGCACAGACAUCCUCGUGGGUACGGACCACCCAGUUCGGCCCGAUUCCUGAACCGACACCACCUUUUUGAACCAGAGAUGGCCUAUUAUCCCAGUCCCGGCAAGCGCUGCUACCAGAGUUAUGAUAACUACUCAUUCAGGUCUCGGAGUCGUCGACGGCAGAUGCACACUCUAAAUAAAGAGUGUCUGAGCUGUGUUCCUGAGCCAGGAGAGGAAACUCAGGACGUGGAGGGCAGUAUCACCUUCUAUGAGAUUGAAGAGACCGAUGAAAGUGCCUUCUCACCAAUACCGGGUCAAACGGUCACCAGUGCCAUGGUUCCAGGGGCCACUGCUUACUGGGUGCCUAGGGUCCCCAGUCCAGUCCCUCAAUCAGGCAAACAGCACAUGACCUCAUCAGAGGAGGACCCUGAUGAAAGGAGCACUGCUGGUGACCAAGGUGAAUACGCAGAGGAGUACCUCUACUCUGCCUCAGAGGCAGGAUUUCAGAGUCCAUCUGUGUAUGCUGCAGCAGCUGAAUCUACCACCAAUCUGACCAUUCAAGAAGGCAGUUCUCGUGCUGGGUCGCCACAAGAGGGUGUCGCUACCUACAGUUACUCUCAACAGGUGGUUGUGAAGUCAUCUGUCAUCUCUUCCUCUCAGCCAAUUAACUCAGCCCCGGCAGCAAUCUUCACCUCAAACUCCUCCUCUUCAUCCUCUGGAAGCUCUCAGACCCCUCCAAAUCCCCUCCAGAACAACAACAUCCUCACACCUGGACAGCCUCCAUCACAGAAUUUUCUGGGAAGACCUGCAGUUCCGUGGUUUGUGAAUGAGCUGGGAGAACCAGUUGCCAUGGCACCACCUCCGCCCUACUCUUAUGACCCCAAUGGCAGCGACCUUCCAAGAGAUUGUAAAGUGCUCCAGUACUACUACAAUUUGGGGGUUCAGUGGUAUCAGCAGAGUUACUGGCACUCUGUGGUGCACAUGCAGCAGGUUUACCCACAGUCAGCUGCAGAGUCUCAGUUCCAGGCAUACCAGGGCACUGCUUCUGCUGCUGAUCACACCGUACCCCAGGCCUACCCUGAGCCGGUCCGCGUGUGUCCCCAUCCACAAGGAGAUAUGCACAGCAAUGGCACCACUCUGGCUAUGGAGCCCCCUCCCACGGUGGUCCCCGGCACAGUGUACUACCCCCUGGUACAGGAGCAGUGUGGCCAGCCACCUGUACACCCCACCUAUGAGCCCUAUGUUCCCGUGCUCUCCACAACAUACCACUACCUCACACCCUGGACCCCCGGUGUCGGGCAGCAUCCUCGCGUCCAUCACGCUACCUAUUGCCCAUCCUCCUCUCACACCCCCGUCAACUACAUCAGCACCCCCACGCACCUGCAGCACUCACAGUUUGUCUAA